UGAAAAUAUGAUUUUUGUGAUGAUGUAUUCAAGUUAUCUGAGGGUGCUUUGGACACAUCACAACUGACAAGAAGACAAAUCGGUCUGAAAAGCAUUGUUAAGUUUGUUGGUCUUGCACACGUGUUGCCGAACGUGGACUAUGGUCAUUGCAUAUUAAAACCUUUACUAACUCUUAUUUUACGGCAAAAUGGCUGGACAAAGCAACCAGCAGUUCUCUGGUCUGGGUUACACCAGCACUAGCUACAAAGACAAAAUGAAACAAAUGAGUGAGCAAGAGAGAAUGAUUGAAGAGAAGAAAAGAAAAAUACUGGAAAAGUUCAAGACGGAGACGAAGCCAGCUACAACACCAUCGCCUGCAUCAGUGGGGAUGCCAUUAAUUGGAAAGCGUCCGGGGUUCAAACCAUCCAGUUUUAGCAGCAAAAAACCUAAAACUACGGAGACAACAACAGUUAACUCCUCUCCAAUUACGUCAGCCCAUAGCUUCUUCGCAAAUGAUGGAAAUUUCAUGGAGAGAUUCAUCAAUAUGAAAGGGUCAAAAGGACAAGCAUCUGCUGGUGCAAAGACAAAGUCAACAGAUAUUACCAAAUCUACUGACUCUAAAAUUGAUUCCAGUUCAGCCCCAACUAUGUCAGGAACACAAGACAUUGAAUCAGUGAAAGCUAGGACUGAAACUAAGUCAUUAACAGACACAAGUGUCAAAAUUGAAAACACUCCGAUAAAGAAUGAGCCUAGCAUUUGGGCACAAACAUCACCAAAAUCUGAGACUUCUAGCAUCAAUCAAGGACAGUGGGCAACAACAAAUGUCAAAACAGAAUCCAGUGGUCUUUCUGUAGGUAACUGGAGUCAAGCAGGGAAGUCAGAGACAGGGCAAAUGCCUCCACGACCACACAAUCAAAGUGCUAAUAUACAAGGACCAGAAUUCAAUCCAAACUUUAGUACAUCUGUGACUUUCCCAACACAGCCUCGACCUCCGGCUCCUCCAAUGUUACCAGCACAACAGAACAUUGCUGGUCCUCUUCACCGGAUGCCGGUUGAAACACAGAAUGGAGCUGCUCCAUAUAGACCACCUCUUGGUCCUCCUGUUGGCCCACCUUCAUCUGUCUCUAGUCCUUUUCCCCCUAAUUCAGUCGCAAAUUCCUUCCCUCCUCAACCUCCUCAGCCAAUGCCACCUCAGCACCUUCAAAUGCCACAGGUCACUUUGGCUCCUCCACCUCAGAUAUAUGGCACAUCACAUCAAGUGGUCCGGGCUCCACCACCCCCUCAGCCACCAAUGAUUAGACCUGGUCCUCAGCCUCCAUCCCUUGUAACACAGCAAGUCCAUCCUGGUCCACCGCCUCCUGGGCCUGCUAUGUAUGCUGUGGCAAGGCAGCAGCCUCCACAUCCGCAGGAAGUGACUGCUUAUGGAACAGUGCAGCCCCCUCCCAGUCAUUCCCAUCCCCAAGGUAUAAAUGAAUAUGGAUCACCAAUCCAGCAACCUCCUCAACCUAGACAGCCCUACCCUCCUCCUCCACCACCCCAGCCCCCAGCUCAGGAAAUCAAUUCCUAUGGACAGCCUUUACGACAACCUCAUCCUCCAGAAGUAAAUGUGUACAGCACAGCUCCAACCAGAGCACCACCUCCUCCCCCACAAACCCAAUACCCUGGUGCCCCUCCACCAGUUUCACACCCUCAGUCCCAGCCCCCACCCCCUCAUCCCUUCAUGAGUCAGCCUCAUUUAGCUCCUCAUCAUCCACUAAUGCCUGGUCAACCCCCAUCUUGCCCACCUGGUAGGCCUCCAAAUAUGCCCCCACAUACAAGUAUGCCAAGUCAGGCCCCACCUCAUCCUCCUGGUGCUCUACCGAUGCAUCAACAUCCUCCACAGACUCAGAGUUUUGGUCCUCCAGGACAAAACCUACCACCACCUCCAGGGAUUGACAUGUUUCCAUCUGCUCCUGCUCCUCCACCUCCUGUCAGUGAACAACGACACCAGCAACAGUCAUCGGAGAGUGAAUAUGACCCUUCAGUGCCAACGGAAUCUGAAUCACCAGUAAAGCCAAAUUUUGAAAUGAAGAAUGAUGAUUCCUCACCACUUAGGCAACCAACACAGAGAAUUAAAAUGAGUGAUGUGUUUGAUGUACCAGACCAUGAAAACUCAUCAAUGAAAAGAGAGAAUGAAGUUUAUCCACCAGAGGACACACACACACGAGAAACUAUUGAAAGAUUUGCAGCCCAAGUAGCAGAGAAUGGUUCCGAGUUUGAAGGGAGAACCAUGUGUGAAAAUGUCAACAAUCCUUCUUAUUGGUUUCUGUUCAACCAAAGCAGUGAUGCGUACAAGUACUUCCGUCAGCAGGUGCGAAAACUUAGCAGAUCCAUGGGACGACUGGAUGAUGGUAAUGAGGGAGACACUGAGGAUACUGAAGGGAUGGAGAAGAGAGGAGAAAAAGUCAGGAAGAAACGGAAGAGUAGAUGGGCUGACACAGAUAAUGAAACUGAUGGAGCGGGUCAGUCUUUACAGGAUGCUUCAGGGGCAGGACCAUCAAAACAGCAACCUCCACCUCAGGUUACACUUCAAGACUUUGCCAGAAAAAUGGUUGGUAGUGAUACUCUCAAUGAAGACCAGAUUCAGCAAAUAAAAGAACAGCAGGAGUUGAACAUGAUGUACCAGCUGAUUUUAGCUCAGAAAAAAGCCAAAGAAGCUGCUGUAAUGGCUGAGCUGCCUGGGAUGAAGGCAAGUCAAAAGUACGAGUAUGACUCCGAUGAGGAUACGGAGGGAGGCACAUGGGAACACAAAAAACGCUCCGAAGAAAUGUUAGCCACCAAAGAAUGGGCGGAUUCUCUGACUGAAGCAAAUAGAGGAAAGCAUUUCAUUGGUGACUUCUUGCCCCCAGAGGAACUUGAACGCUUCAUGGAGACUUACAGAGCACUAAAGGAAGGUCGUGAACCAGACUUAUCUGACUACAAAGAGUUCAAGAUCACAUGUGAAAACCUUGGGUACCAGAUGCUACAGAAGCUUGGCUGGAAAGAAGGGGAGGGGCUAGGAUCAGAGGGGCAGGGGAUCACUCAACCGGUCAAUAAGGGCAACCAGUCUAUAGAGGGACGAGGACUUGGCACAGAACGUCCAGCAAACCUUUCCCGAGAUGAUGAUGAGUAUGACGCCUUUCGGAAGAGGAUGAUGUUGGCUUACCGAUUCAGGCCAAAUCCUUUGAAUAAUCCCAGACGACCAUAUUACUGAACCUUGGAGGAAUGCCAAGCAUGAACUCACCUUGUACUAUGUUUCAAAGUGACAACACCAGAUAGUCUUCUUGUGAAGAAACACAUCAGAUCACUCAUCACGUUUUUCCACAAUUAUCAUAUUGCUUAACUUCUAAAGUGCAAUAAUUCUUGGAGCAUGAAGGAAUAAAAUAAAUAAUUGAAUUUCAUAUAAGGAAAUAUUACAGGGUUGCUACCAUAUUUACUGCAAAUAAGACCUCACCCCACUUGUGUGCAUCUUCCAGGAAUAGAUGAUUGCUGGCAAUAAAGGUCCCCCAAUACUACAACCAAAUAUAUAUAUAAAUGAUAUCAUUUGCUACUUAACCAGAAAAAUAUGGCUAUUGCAAUCAAAAAUAUGUGUUUUGAAUUUGGAGUAGAUUGUUAUAUGGACCAACCAUAUUGAGGUAAUUCUUGAAACACACCAUUGUCAUAAUGUGUGGAAAAAGUCAGCAUUGACAAUCACUGUUUCUUCAUUUAUUCAGUGUGCCACGACUAUGAGCAAUAUUUUGUCGUGGCCAUUAUCAGACUGACUGAUUGAUUAGCUCAGAGAAAUGUCUUGCCUGUGGUGCUUAAAGUCUCAUUAUCAAUAGUAAUUCUCAUCAAUAAACCAGGCUUAUUUGCAGUUAAGUACGGUAUUUUUCCAGAAGUAAUGAAAAAUAAGACAAUGGAUAUAUCAAAAUUAUUCAAACAAGUCUAGAUACACUUGCUAUCAAUACAGGAAUAAGUUUAAUUCAAUCUUCCUAGAAUUGCUGAUCAUCUCAUUUUGAAAUCUAAAUGCUUUGAAUCUUACUAUAACAUGGAAACAUUUGAGGGUAAAAAUGGUAUUCUGAAACGGCUUGAAAGUGUGACGAAAUAUCCACAAAUUACACCUAUUUUGAUGAAUGCUGUAAUGGAAUAUUAAUUCGUUAUCAAUUGUUUGAGAAAGUUUGAGCAAAUAUGUUAUCAACUCAGAAUGAUUUCUUCAUAUUCUUUUUAUUCAGCGUUAUCAUACUCAAAAAUGUAAAUAUAUUCUGUCACUUCGACUGAAAAAUCAGGAAAAAUAUCACAGUAACUCUCAAAAGUUAACUAAUUAUCAAAUUUACCCAGGAAUAGUGAAUAUGGUUACAGAUUGACGUCGUCUUACACAGAUAAUCAAAUUUACCCAGGAAUAGUGAAUAUAAUAGUAUAAUAAAUGAAACACUGACAUCCAAAAACUGUAACAAAAACAACUGAUCUGUUUGUUGAUGUGGGGGUAAUAAUCAGAACCUUGUAAUAUCACAACCGACUUGAUUUUGACCAUUAUGUGUGAAAUUUCUGUAGAGAUAUGUGUGUGUAAAGUGAUGUUGAUUAUGGACCAGAUGGCAUGUUUCCGUUGUAUUUUAAUGAGAAGUGGUAACAGUUAUGGAGCAAUCAAGAACUUUAUUACUAUGGUGCUGAGAUGCAGUUUAACAUAGAUUUAUGUCUUAUAAUUUAUCUUAUAAAGAAUUACUAAAUAUUCUAGGUAAUUAAAGAACAUCUGCUGGUACAAGACAUUUUGUUUUGAAGUGCAUUUUCUAUACAAUUUCAGCAUUAGUUUUUUGUUUCUUGAAUGAUUUGUGUUGUUCCAGAUAAGAUCACUUUUAAGGUGUGCAUUUUCAAAACCUGUUGUCAUGGCACUGUUUAUAUCAAGAAAUGUUUUUCUUUUGGGACCAAGUUUGAAUGUAUCUGUUAUUACAUUGAGAAAGAACCUUUUUAUCUCAUUGUUUGGAAAUUGAGAGAUAAUAUGGAAAAUGCACUUUGGUUUUCCUUUUUUUUAAGCUCAUGUGAGCUAUUUAAAAUUUGGUUAAACUGUUCAGAUAUGUUGUGUUGAUAAUUCUGUUGAUCCAGUUUUGAAGUUAGCCAGUUUUUUUGUAUUGAUUAUGCAAAAAAAGAUGUAUUUACAUAAAACCUGAUGUCUCCAUUGGGUUUCAUUUUUUGUAGAUGUUUAAUCAUAUACAGCAGAAUACAAAAUGUGCUUUAAAAUGGUAAACAAAACAAAUACAGUGUACUAUUGUCACACAAUUAUGCAAUAGGGCUCAGUAGACUUUCUGUCUUGCCUAACCAUCAUAUGUAUCUCUUUCUUUGAAGAGCUACCAAGUCACUAGCAGCUAUAGAUAUAGUCAUUUAUUUGAUUUUGAAUUUUUUUAUUUAUUGCUACAGUUUUAUAUCCGUUUCCCUCAAUCCUAACCCUCACAUACACUUCCUCACAUAAACACACAUACGGGCACACACAGACACACUUAGUUCAAGGGGAUAUAUAUCCUCGAUAAUUAUUACAGGAUCUGUUCACACAAACCCCUCAACAGAUUUUUAGGUAACAAGGUCUCAUGGUGACCUAUUCUAAUACCCUUUCAUCCAGCGCCGUGCGUCUGAACAAUUUUAUACUUUCUCAAAAAGUCCUGAUCCGAUGUCAAUGAAAUUUUGCAGAAACUUUCCCUGGCCUAAUAUGAACCAAAAUUGUGAAUUAUACAGUCCCCACCCCUCAAGUGCCUGAAUUAUGAGUGAAGGAUAACGACUUGAUGGUAUGCCCAUUUUGAUGCUGACUGACCCCCAGGGGCUGAUGGGUUGAGCCAAAAGGGGUCGAAUUGACUUAAAUUUCAAAAAUCUUCUUCUCAAGACCCAGAUGUGGUAUAAUCAAAUGCUCUUCGUGACUUGAAGCAUCUUAAGGUGCAUUUAUUAUCAAAAUGAGUCUCACAAUUCUUUCUGGGGAGGAAUUUUUUUUAAGACUUUACUGUAAUUUUCAUAGAAAAAUUACAUUUUGGAGCGCAACAUUGGUUAUUUCCCACUGGAAAUAACUUUAUAAAAAUUAUCAGUAGAGGAUGUCAGUUUUCAUGGUAUGCAUGUAUUGACACUGGCUUACUCUAUUCAGUGUCACAAUUUCUGUUUCAUGACACUUGAAUAAAUAUCCUCUGAAAAUUAAUUAAUGCAUGUACAUAUUUACAAGUCAUUUGUCAUUU